AUGAGCAGGCUCUAUAACACUGGCGAUGGCACAAUUCUCUCUGGCUCGACCAACGGUAGACUGGACACUACCAACUACGGCGGCCCCAUCGGUCGUCUCACUCCCGAGACACUCAUCGAGAGCGUCAGUGAAGUUCUAGAUAUUGCUCAGAUCGCUAUCGUCAAUUUCACAGGGGGGAUAGAUGGUGCUAGCAGUGCGAAUGCUGGUUCCGAUCGCUUCUUGAAUAUCUCUAUGGACGCCCACAAGCGUCUUUGUAGUCCUGAUUCCGACAUUGUUGGGGCUAUCAUGAUCCACGGCACCAAUACCUUAGCCGAUACGGUCUUUGGCGUUGACCUUACUCUCAACUGCUCCAAGCCUUUUGUCACCACAGGAUCCAUGCGUCCCAACUCUGCACUCUCGGCCGAUGGAUCAUCCAACUUUUACGACGCUGUUCGAACUGCCAUCCACCCUGAAGCUCGAGACCGCGGAGCUCUGAUUGCAAUGAACAAUCACCUAGUCUCGGCAUUCUACGCUACAAAGACAAAUGGUAAUACUGUGUCGACUUUCCUGGCACCUGAUCAGGGAUACAUUGCACAGUUCAUGUCUGGACAGCCGUACUUUUUCUACUCACCACCUUUACCCAAGGCUAGAAACUAUCUUAAUCCGUUUAAAUUGAGCUCGCCUUUACCAAAGGUUGAUAUUUUUUAUGGUUACCAGGGUUUUGACGCUGAUCUCCUCUACUCUGCGGCCAAGAACGGUGCCAAGGGUAUUGUCAUCAUGGGUGUUGGCCCUAGUGCCCUCAGUAUGGCUGCUUUUGAAGCAGCCGAGAUCUUUACAGCCAAGGCGUUAUCACAGUCGCUUCGUUCCGUCCGUAUUUCGGACUCUCAGUUCCCAGCCCCCAAUUGGAAAAGAUGCAACAUUAGCUCUGGAGUUCUGCGUGGAGAAAAAGCUCUCAUUCAUCUGCAACUUGCUCUCGGUGCAGGUUAUGACUUUAAAGGGAUACAGAAGCUUUUUGAGGGUGAGGUUAGGAAGGCCGUGUACAAUGAUGCUACCGCUUUCUUUAACGGCACAGUUCUUUGA